CCGUUACCUAGCAACAAGCCAAAGCAAAACCCCCAGAGGACUUUCCAGCCGUCUAAUUUGCGACGCUUCGACUUAAUUUUACGACAUUUAUUGACUGCCUUCAUCUUUGUUUUAUUGCAAUAACAAUUUUCAACAUGGCUGAGACGUUUUAUCCCCAAGAGAGUAUCUACAAUCUUUUACCCGACCUGCUUGACGCUGAAAAGCCAAAGCACAGUACCAGGUUCAGGCCGGCGGCAAUUCGGCUGGAUGACAAAGUGUCCAAGAUUGCGAUGAAAACGAUGGGCCCGGCGAAAGUGGAGACCCCGUCCCCGGAGAAAUAUCUCAAAAAGCAUUCGAGAGAGCCCAAACUGCCCCAAAAAAAAGAAGGUCCUCGCCGCACGUGCACGGCGAGGAAACCGGCCGUCCCCUUGAGGUCCGAACAGCCGCCCGCGGGGAGGAAGUCGCCCAAGGCCGCGACGGCGCCCGUGCGGCCCAGACCGUCGGCGGCUUCCGUUGACACCAACCGAGGCCACAAGGAGCUCCUGGAACAUUCCGGACUGGUCCCCAAGUACGUCAAGAAAAAGGGCUACGGCGAGGUGCCCCAGUACCUGCAGCACCGCGGCGAGGAAUUGCAAAGAUCUGCGGAGGAGUACGACAAGUACCUGACGGAGCGGACGGAGGAAGGCCCCAUGAGGCGGCUGUCGGACGAGGAGCGGCGAGCCAACCUGGAGAGCCUGAAGAAGACCUUGGCCGAGCUGCAGGACAAGUACCGGCGUCUGCCGGUGGUCGUGGACACGCUGACGAGGAAGAGCCGCAAGCUGCAACUGGAGGCGGAAAUGAAGCAGCUGGAGAGCGACGUGGAACUUUUCCAGAGGUUCAAGACCAUUUACAUAGCCAAGUAGGAAAAGAGGCCCACGCCGAGGCCCGCCGGUCCCGGUUGGGCUCGGCGCCACCUUUUUACACCUUCGGCCGGGCUGAGGACCUUCGGAGAACGCCCUUUGGGCCCGGGCCCUCGCUCAGAGUCUUCUGCAAAUUUUUGUGCUCCCCCUGCUAAGUAAACAAAAAAC